AUGAUGUCUCUGGUCUUCAUUCUGCUCAUCGGAGCUGCCUACCCGUCUCGGUCGCCCGGACUUCGCAUGACCAACUCCCAUGCCCCGAACGAAGUCCGAACUAGUCCGUACCUACGAGUAACACAGCUGACAACAUCCUCAACAUCAAACCACCACUGCCUACUGUCGCCCUCCCGACUACUUCGACGAGCAAAACCGGAGCCACUGGGGACUACACCCGAGCAGGAGUAUCGCUUGGAGCCCCAGUACGGUUUGCCCGUCCCCGAGUCGCGGGACAAGCCGCUCUGUUUCUCGGACUUCGAGGACCUCAGCGCUUCUUUCCGCAGUCUUUACAAGUGUGUCUUUGAGCAGUCCUUCUCACAGCAAGGUUUGAUGGGAAUGCCAGGCGACUCCUCCCAGCCGCCCCGGACCGCCUGCUCCUACCAGCACUCUCCUGGGGCUGGGAACGGAGUGAGCCACCUCCACCAACACGCCCACGGCCAGGCCUCGCACCAUCCUCUCCACUCGCAGCAGCACCUCUCCCCACACUCCGGCCACAGCCAGCACCAGGCGCACACCCAGCUCCAACAGCACCAACAGCACCCGGCCCACUCCCAGCAGCACCCGUCUCUCUCCCACACGGGACAGGCCUGCCCCACAACAGGCAUGUCAUCAGACUGGUACCCAAACCUGGACUGGCUGAAAGAGAGCUGCCGCAUCGCUACCAGCUACAACUGGGCUGACGUAGACCUCUCCCCAUUUCAAGGUCUGAAGGAGAGUAUGCGGCAGGCGGAGCUCAACAACUGGUCUCUGGACCCCGCCCAGAUGUCCGACCUGUGUUCCUCCAUUAACCAGUUCUUCACUGCCACAGGGGUCAUCCCCCCGCAGGGCGCCACCCACCCUCAGCCUCAGGUCCAACACCCGACACCCCCAGGAGCCCCGCAGCACCCCGCCCAGCCGCACGGGGCCAUGCACCCCAAGGCCAGCCAGCACAAUCAGCACGGCCAACACAACCAACAUCACCAACACAUCAGCACGGGAAACAUGUACAUAGACUCGAGACAGAGCAUUUCCUCUCUGAUGGGCCCGCCAGGAUACCCUCACAUCUCUCCGAUGGGCAACACAGCUCCCACCAUGACAGGUCACCUGAUCCAGCUGAGCCAGCAGCACAGGCUGCCUCUGGGACACUUCCAGGUGAGACGCAUGCUCGCUGCAGAUGACAUCCAGGACGACUUUGACUGGGACUCCAUAGUUUAAACUGAGCCGCUGGUUGAACAGAGGGAUGGAGAGACAUGUUAUGACAGGUGAGGUAUGGAACAAUCUGACCUCCUUUCACCUGAGUGAAAAAACAGAAGACAAUCCAACAGAAAAAGAAAACAAACGGAAAGUAAUUUUUCUGAUCUUGCUGGCCUUUUUCCCCCCUGAAACAAGUGGAUAUUGAGUAUAAAGACAAUCAUAAAAAAAAAAUAAGACUUACAUGGGAUAGGACCAAGCCGAGAUUCGAACACAUAACGUCCAAAGCCAAAAGACGUCUGAAGCUCUCUGAAUUGUGUCACGUCGUGUCCCCAUAGUGCCAACAGGGUAACAAGUCGCCAAAGUGUUGUCUAAAUUGUCUGUGAAUUGUUUUUCUUUUUGAUUUCUUAAAUCUUUUGUGUUUCCUGCUACAACUUGUGUCUGCAAAGUUUCAGCGCCUGUACCUGAAAUGAAUUGAAACCUUGUCUUCUCCAAACAGCAGAAAAAUCAUCAUUCACUCACUUUCAACAUGUUCAUCCUUUCCUUCUCGUCACAUCUGUUUGUUCACUCAGCACUGGGCAUGCGCAGGGCUGUGGCUCUGAACAGCUACAGUUAGAAGGAGGAUUUAUGAAGCAGAAAGUGAUGACAGUGCACCUGUUCAGCCUGAAUCAGUAGUGGUUGAGUGAAGCGCCACCUGCUGGGUUAAACUGGUUAAAUCCUUCUGCCUAAAAAAUGGUCUAUGCACCACAAUCUGUUCAUUAUUUGUCUUUGUGCUGUCACAUUCUAAAUCCAUUUUUAUUUGAUCAUUUUAAAUGUUGUGAUUGUGUGUGUGUAACAGUCCAUGUUGCCAUUUUCUCAGGGUGUUACAUUCAUAAACCAUGUCAGACCAACACAAAGACAUUUACAUCUCCAUAUGUGAGGUUACCGCGUGUUGUUGGUGCUGUCAGUGUUCACUUCCUGUUGGCGGACAGCGAGCCUAAAAAGUUCAAAAUCCUCAUUUGUCAGCUUAUAAGCUAACUGAUACGCUUUUCAGUAGCUGAAACAACCGCCACUAUUUAAAAUGUCUUUGUCAACAAGGAUGCAUCCUUUUUCCGAAAUAUAAUUCAGUUUUCCAAGGUUUAAGGUUUUUGGGAAAGUGCAUAUCAACUACGACCAAGCUGUUUUUUGCACAACAUUAGACUUGAUAGUAUCUGGUGAAUGAAAGAAAUGAAAUAACAAUGUGAACAUGUUAUCUCUUUGUUUCAAAAGACGUUUGAAAAAAAGAAUAUCAACAAAGGGGAGCAAAGACUAAACAAAAGUUUAGUAACUUUUCUUACUGUGAUGUUUAAUUUUAUCUGUGUGUACAAGUGUGUGUGUUUGUAAGUCCUCUCUGAUUUCAUUUAGCAUACAGCUCUGUGCGGCUCAAAAAAUACACAAGAGAAAAGUACUUUUUUUGUAUUAAGUGGGUACAAAGUGAAAUAUGGGACUUUAAAGUACUCUUCUGUUUGGAAGAUCUCAGUGAUUGUUCAAAUGGUCUAAACAAGGUCUCAUUAUAAAGAAAAAAUAAAGAAAAAUACUCAUUAUUGCCAUUAAAUGCUGUAUAACAGUGACCAGCAUAUAUGAAUAUAUUGUAUGUUUGUGUGUUGUUGUCCAUGUAAAUAAUGCUAUGUUACUCCUAUGUUUGCCCUUGAAAAACAGACUGAAAAGAGAAAACAGGAGAAAGUAUUUUGUUAUUUGUCCUUCAGGAGACACAAGUAUGUAAAUAUCUUCAGCAUAUUGUAAAUACGUGAUAAAAAAAAUACCAUUGGCGUUUUGUGUGUUAUAAAUAAUCUGUGUAUGGCAGUCCAGCAGUUAAAAUCUGUUUCAGUGUUUAUUAUUAAAAUGUCAUUGACCAUUUUUACUGCGC